GUCCUUUCUAAUCACAGCUCUUCCAUUCGCGCAAGCCUCACCUCUUCCUAUCAACACACUAACAAGAUAACCUUUCCUAAUCCAAUGCAAGUUACAAGCCUCCGGACCACGGACCGCCUCCUCUCCUUAUCAAAGUUAAGCUAUCAAGCCCAGAACUGGACACCUGAUCCUAAUCAACCCCGCAAACACGGAAGCGGCCCGUGUUCCUGGGCACUUCCUAUCAACAAACGCGGGGUAGGUAAAGUAUCUAAGUUAAGAUGGCGAUAAAUGAUGAGUGUUGGGCGUUGAUUGCGAGAGUCGGCUAACUUUACCAUGAUGAGUUCAAGCGUUGAGUGCUACCUUGUUCCCCGGACUGAAGACGCGCCUAACAGCCGACUUCCGAUCCUUGUGUAUCGCGAUGUGCUACCUCAUCCGCGAACAGAGGAGACAGCAACGCAAUUUCUGACAACGCACCAUUGGGAAAAGAGAGGAACCUGGGGACAUAUUGCCAUUCGCCAUUUCCAUCCCAACAGCCAUGAAUGCUACGGCAUCUUUCAGGGCUCUUCAACACUCUUACUAGGAAAGAUUCAACGCGGGAAUGGUGCAGAGGUCCCUGUCAAGGCAGGAGAUGUUGUCGUCCUACCCGCCGGAACAGCCCAUUCAUCCCUCGAAAGCUCUUCGGAUUACAGGUACAUCGGUGUAUACCCAAAGGGUUGUCCUAAGUGGCGGAAUGAAAUGGGAAAGAAACCUUCUACCGUGUUUCUGGAUACUAUCAAAGAAGUAGAGAUGCCAGAGGAUGAUCCUGUGUAUGGGCCCGACGGACCAUUACCGAUGCUAUGGAGCUAUAAGCCUCGCGCAAAGUUGUAGAUAGCAAGAUAAUACAGUCUUUGUUGACAGUA